AUGGAGGCUCUUGUAUAUGUUAUUGUGGCCUUCAUGAUGUGUGGUUGUGCUGCUGGAAGAGAAUGCACAAACAUUAUGAGUCAAUCGCAUACGUUGCAAUAUGAAUUAGGGGUAUCAAAGAAUGAGACAUGGAAGAAAGAAGUGAUGUCUCAUUAUCAUGUAACGCCAAAUGAUGAUUCAGCUUGGGCAGAUUUUUUACCAAGGAAGUUGUUAGCAAAAGACCACCAGCGUGAUUGGAGUGUUAUGUAUAGGAAAUUUAAGAAUUGUAUUUACAAGGGAUAUGAGUUGGGACAAGAAUGGGUUCGUAUGGCUGGAGAAGAUGGCCUCCGUUACUGUUCCGGCGGCGUCAAGAAGCCGAGGGCCAUUGAGUUUGGAACAUUUGAGUGUACAAAACGGGCAAUGGCAUCACUGCAGGAGAAAUUGAAACAGAAUGAAUGUCCCAACUUGCAGAUAGGUUGCCUCAAUUCGAGCUUCAACUUAUCUUGGAUUUCACCAACUACUGUGGUUGGGGCAGCUGCAGAAGUUGCUAGCACACUUGUAACAGAAUUGACUAUAAUUCUUUUGGCUGGCAAGAGAGGUACCGAGUGGGCAUUGUCAUCUUUUUAUAUUUCUUUGGACUUGAUUUCAGUUAUACCCUUCCUCUAUGCCACAUGUUUAUUUCUUCAGCUCUUAGAUUUUGGACUAGCUAGUUGGGGUUCUUCUUCUUCUCAUAUUAUUUGUACUGAUGUUUCCGGAACAUUUGGGUACCUAGCUCCUGAAUAUUUUAUGCACGGUAGAGUUACUGACAAAAUUGAUGUAUAUGCAUUUGGUGUUGUACUCCUUGAGCUUCUAUCCAAUAGGAAACCCAUUAACAACGAAUCUCCAAAGGGCCAGGAGAGCCUUGUUAUGUGGGCAACAUCAAUCUUGAAAAGUGGGAAGAUUUCCCAGUUGCUUGACCCAAGCCUUGGAAGUGAAUACAACGAUUGUCAGAUCAAGAGAAUGGUUUUAGCUGAUACUCUUUGUAUUAGACGGGUUCCUAGAUUGCGACCUCAAAUCCGAGUUAUACUGAAACUUCUUCACGGUGAUGCAAAUGGUUGAAGGGGAUAAAGACAUAGAAAUGUUGCCAAAACAAAAGCCAAAGAAGAAGAAGAAAACUUAUAUAUGAA